AUGCGCUUGGGUUUAUGCCUGGCCUUGGUGGCCGCUUGCUUCGCGCUUGAUCGGGAUGUCGGCUACCUUAUGUCCAGGGAAUCAAACGACGCCGCACAGUUGAGGUGUUAUGUGGGUAUCGUCAGUUCUUACAACAACACAUCUAUUGGAACGGAAGUUUUCUGCGAUGGUCUCUGCGGUUCAAUUUCAACAACAGCCGGAGGACAGGACUUCACCACCUACAACUGUUUCCCACAAAGUUUCUGCGCUGCGGCAAAUCUAACUACCACCUGUACCACGAUUUACGCAGACCGCAAUCUGACAGGAUGUUGUUGUAAUACUGAUAAUUGUAACGUGCAAGGAACUAACAUUAACACAACUAUCCCUAUUUCUCCUCCAGAAGAGCCUAUCGUCUGCUAUUCGGGUCUCAUUGUCAAUGGUAACCCCACGGCUGGAUCAGGGUUAGUUUUUGAGAAAGUAUUGUAUGGAUGACU